AGCAACAGCAGCUGACAGCACUCACUGUCCAUUUACGUUUGAUUUGCAAUUUGUUUACUUAAAUAUAUUUAUUUGUUGUGUGAUUACGUUAUCAUUAUCAGAAAUAUAUUUGCGAUGCGUGAAUUAAUUAAACAUAAUUUAUCUGUUAGAAGUAAGUGAUAAACAUAAAUAUGACAUAAUGCGUUAAUAAUUUUAUACAAAAAAAGUGAGAAAUGCCCCGAGAACAUAUAAAAUAUUCAAGUAAUUCGUUAGUAAACAAUUCUGAUGAGGAAGAUGACUUGGAAAGCAAGUCAUCUCCAAUGAGUUACAAAGAGCGUCGUCGUGAAGCACAUACUCAGGCCGAACAAAAACGCAGAGAUGCAAUAAAAAAAGGAUACGAUACUUUACAGGAGUUGGUACCAACUUGUCAACAAACUGAUGUUUCUGGUUACAAACUCAGUAAGGCAACUGUACUUCAAAAGUCCAUUGACUAUAUCCAGUACCUACAACAACAAAAAAAGAAGCAAGAAGAAGAAAGGAAUGCACUGAGAAAAGAAGUUGUUGCUCUAAGAAUAAUGCAAACUAAUUAUGAACAAAUUGUUAAGGCUCAACAAACCCAACCAGGUCAAACAGAAACUCGAAUAUCAGAUGAAGUCAAAUUUUCAGUGUUUCAAGCCAUCAUGGAUCAACUUUUCCAAACUUUUAGUGUGGUAUCUGUAAAUAACUUCUCUGAGCUUUCUGCUGGAGUUUUUGGUUGGCUGGAAGAGUACUGCAAACCCCAAACAUUAAAAGAUACUGUGUUUCAAGUACUACGUAGACACAAUGGUCAAAUGAGAAGAUAGUACAUUUUUUACUUUAUGUGUGAUGUUUUUUAAAUUUAUAUAAGGUGGGCUUAAUGUGUAUGUGAUGCAGUGUUUGAGGUUGUAAACUUUCAUCCCAUUCAUUAAUAUUGUUACAUUUGGAAAAAUUUUUGUAAAAUAUAUAUAUACAUGUAAUAAAUUUGAAAAUAGUUA